AUGGAGAUCUACAGUGCUUUCAAUGACCGCAUUCAGAAUUUGUGGACGCUGUUUUGGGCUGAACAAGGAGUCAUGCAUGAGCUGCUGCGUGCGCAAACCGAGCGCUUGGACGACUACCAUGAGGAAACUGACCUUGAUGAACCUUCGGAUGGCGAAGUUCCCAAGCCAGCCAGUUCUAAGAAAGCCGAAGUUGUUACACCCUAUGCCAAAAUUCAGUUGGCUGCUGCAAAGCGUGCAGAAGCUGCUUCUAAGUCUAAGAAAGAGAAGAAGAAAGAUUCUGUCAAGGGAGACACUCGCAAAGGCAAGACCAAGGUCAAAUCUGCCCCCAAGGCCAAGGGGCGAGCCAAAAGUGCCGCAAAACCCAAGACCAAGGAGAGCAAGAAACAGCCGGCAGGACAGUCAAAGGAUAACACGACCAAGACCAGGAGUGUUACGCCAUACGGGGAAGCCAAGAAAGCGUUCACAGCCAAGUGCCGCGAAGAUGAUCCCAAGAUUCGAGCAAAGCAGAUUGAGAUCCUGUGGAAGGAGAGCAAGGAGCGCAAGGAGAUUGUGGCAGGACUUCCUGAGAGUGAACAGAAACGUAGGCGAUACAUCUAA